AUGCCUCCAAAGCCAAAACAUUCUCCCGCACGACCAUUUAUCUAUCCCAUCCGAAACCGGAGCUUCUUCGAACCGCAAUUGCGGUCCUCCAACUCGACCAAAUACCUACGACUCACGAACCGCACGCUUGUUCGGCUCGCUGGCUGCGACGCCAAAGUAUUCCUGAAUGAUCUCAUCCCAGCAAAGAUCUUAGACAUUCAGAGCACCAAUCCUAUCUACACGGCAUUUCUCUCAGCGCAUGGUCGCAUCCUCAAUGACGUGUUUAUAUACCCGCCGGCCGAGAGAGAUGGAGAAGAGUGGUUCAUCGAAGUUGACUCUGUGAGUGCUGGUGAUUUAAUCUCGCACUUCCGCAAGCACAAGCUGCGAGCACAGAUUGACAUUGAGAAAUUGGCGCCCGAGAAAACCGGUGUAUAUUACAGAUGGCCUUCGGACGCAGAGAGCGAUUUGAAAAGCUCCACGACUGGGAUACACUCUGGCGGACAAGAUCCGAGACCUGGAAUGGGCAUGCGGUGGCUCGACAUAGCGUUCUCGGAGCCUGAAAUAAUACAGCGUCUUGAAGACCGUGGGGGGAAGACAGCGACGUUGCAAGACUAUGCGAUUCAUCGAAUGCUGAAUGGAGUCGCUGAGGGACAAUCAGAGCUCAUCGCGAAAAGCGCACUGCCGCAGGAAAGCAACAUCGACCUUUUCGGCGGGAUUGAUUUCCAUAAAGGAUGUUAUGUCGGGCAAGAACUCACGAUUCGUACGCAUCAUACGGGCGUCGUCAGGAAGAGAAUCCUUCCCUGCCAGCUGUACAACAAGGACAACCCGCUGUCGGCCGGACAGAGCGAACCGGCAUACAAGCCCAACGCCAACUUACCUUUACCACCCGCCGAGUCGAAUAUUUCCAAGCUCAACGCCCGCGGCAGAGGGAGGAGCAGUGGGAAAUGGCUCGGCGGAGUCGGAAAUAUCGGCCUCGCGCUCUGUAGGCUCGAGAUGAUGACGGAUAUCCAGUUGACGGCAGACAGGACGAACUACGAUCCGAAUGAGGAGUAUAAAGUAACGUGGGAGGUCGAAGGGGAGGAAGUGAAGCGCGAGGUCAUGUUGAAGCCGUUUGUUCCCCAAUGGUUGAGAGAUGGUGUAGAGCAGAGUUUACGUCGGAAGGAAAAGAAACCAAAGCCGCGCCAGGCUGAGGAAGACGACUAUGAAGAAGUGGAUUAA